AUGGCGGUCUCCCUGUGGCUAGCCUUGUUCACCGCCUGCGUCGCGAUUCUGCUGCCGCUCCUUCUGUGGCGGCUUGGCCGUCGCCCCGCCGCCAGCGCGGAGCCAGGCCCGGCGGCCACGGCGGGAGCAAGCCCUCGGGCUGCGUACCGGCACCCGACAGAGCUGCGAGCGACACUGGAAGAACCCGGGCUGUUGGCCGAGGCUGCACGGCAGAAGGAGCAGGGCAACGAGAUGCUCGCAAACGGGCUCCUCGACGCGGCGACGCAGUGCUACCUCACCGCCCUCUGGUUCCUCCGGCGAGGCUCGCCAACCUACCCCAAGGCGCUAAACUUGCAGGUCGCGCCCGCUGGAGAGGCGGCCGCGAGCCUGCUAGGAGGCGGGCGCGUCUCGCCUGACCAGCCGACUCUGGGCCGGCUGUCGCGUCUGAUCGUGCUGCUGCGCGGCGGCGGCGGCGGUGGAAGCGGUGGUCGCGGUGGCGGCGAUGGGCUGGACGGCGAGGCGGCAGAGGCCCUCCGAGUGGCUCUGCACCUGAACGUGGCCGCCGUGGCGCUGCGGAGGGAGGACUGGUACCUCGCCGCGGCAGCGUGCAGGUGGGUGACGGAGCGGCAGCCCGCAAACGCAAAGGCGCUCUACCGGUUGGGCGUCGCGCAAGAGGGCAGGGGCGACUCGCCCGGCGCGUUGCGCUCGCUCGCCGCAUGCGUCAAGGCGGAGCCGCAGAAUCGCGAGGCGCGCCGGCUCUUUGAGCAGCUGCGCGACGAGGCGGAGCAGCGCCGCUCGCUCUACAGCGGCAUUGGCGGCCGAUCGGGCUUCGGAGGCUCCGAUGCCCCGCCGCCGCCGCCGCCGGGGCCGGAGAGGGAGGAUGAGCUGACGCAGCGGAUCCGCGCGUUGCUGGAGAAGGAGGCGAAGGAGGAGAACGAAAAACUGCGCGCGCAGGCCGAUGCGGAGGCGCGCGAAGCGUCGGGGAUGCCGCCGACAGCGCGAGAGGAGGCAAUGCAGAAGGCGCGCCAGGGAGCUGGUGGGGAGGCGCUCCUGAAGUAA